CCACUGGCUAUUCUGAAUGUUUUUUCUUGUUCCUUUGCUACAACACAGCUGAAAUAAUGGUUGAAUUACCCCUUUAAGCCUGUUAAUCACCUUCUGAUUUACAUCAGGUUAAGCAGAUCAUGCAUGACCUCUGUUCAAGUGUUUUUUUUAUUUAUUUUGUUGGAAUUUCUUUUCAUAUUGUGACUUAUCUCUUAUUACAUGUCACAUGAUUUCAUAAGACUAUAAGAUAGAAUAAGGAACGUUAUAGCGCCUUACAUACCCAUGAUCUAAAAUAUUCCUAUCUCAGACGCACGUACGGUUCCAAAAAGAUACUUUCCAUUUUUAUCACACCGAAGUUUCCUAAAAUGUCCUCUUAAACAUUGGCAGACGGUGAGAAAUAUCUUGUGCCUGCGCUUUAAAAAAAAAUCUAUUAUUAUCCGUCGGCGAGGUAAGCUGGUCCUUUCAGUGGGAGAGGGAAUCCCUCAACGUCACCAAGGAUACCAAACACAACACCGAGACAAAUAUGGGCAUGUACGUCAUCGGAACUUCGGGGGAGGGGCUUGAACGGUAGAAAUGCCUCGGUUGUACUCGAGGCGGAUGGAUUCAUUCAUAACACAAGAUCUACUACUGGGCACCGUAACACCGGCGUCCCGUUACCGGACUUUAUGGAUCUGUAAUCGCACGUUUUUUGUGUGUGUGUCACGAGCGGGAUUUAGAAGCGGGGAAAAGCGCGAGGCUUUUUACAGCCAAAUAACGACAAGAAGAGGAGUUCUCGAAGAGGAGCACUUUCUCCCUCUUCGAGCUGGAUUAAGUUUAUUCAUGCAACUUUUUUGGAGAGAAACCAAAUCCUUCUCACCGGGAAAAAACAAAAAUAUUGACGUCCCUCUGUAACCCUCUUGUGUGUGCAUGCUGCCCGGCCCGCUGCAGGUGACAUCGGACGCCCUCUGGUUCCUGCAGGUGCCUCGUUCCCUCUCGGUCCCCCCGGGGAGAUGUUCCAAGGGUUCCCCGGCGACCCCGACAGCGGAUCCCGUGGAAGCUCGUCUCCGUCCAUAGAGUCUCAGUACCUGUCCUCCGUGGACUCCUUCGGGAGCCCGCCCACCACCAGUGCUCCGCAGGAGUGUGUGUCAGCAGGCGCUGGCUUGAGCAUUGUGGGCAGUGGGCCAGGGAGCAGUGGCGGAGCUGAGAUGCCCGGUUCAUUUGUGCCCACUGUCACCGCCAUAACCACCAGCCAGGACCUGCAGUGGAUGGUCCAGCCGACCCUCAUCUCCUCCCAGGCCUCUGGGCAGAGCGUUUCCACCGCCACCACAACCAUGGCCCAGCCGGUGUCACUGGUGGACCCUUACGACAUGCCGGGUCCCAGCUACUCCUCGGGGUCCGGGUUCACCCCUCCGAGUUCUGAAACUCAGGGGCCAGUCCCGGGCCCCAUCCGCCAGUCCAGACCCCGCAGCCGCCGUGCACGUGACGAGUCUGUGAGUGAAGAUGGAGAUGUUGGUGUGUUACUAACACCUGAAGAGGAGGAGAAGAGACGUGUUCGCAGAGAGAGGAACAAGCUGGCUGCUGCCAAAUGCAGAAACCGCAGACGGGAACUCACCGACAGACUGCAGUCGGAGACUGACAUACUGGAGGAGGAGAAAGCAGAGCUGGAGGCUGAGAUCUCGGAGCUGCAGAAGGAGAAAGAGCGUCUGGAGUUUGUCCUGGUGGCCCACCAGCCAAACUGCAAGAUUCCGUACCAGGAGCAGGCUCAGCAGGGCUCGGUGCAGCUCCCUCCCGUGCAGUCCCAGAUCCCUCCCCAGUCCUUACAGCCUCCUCCCGUCUCCAUCGUGGGCUUGACUGUGAAGGAGGACUCUUUCUAUCUCCCUCCUGCCUACGCGGCCCACCCGGCCUCCUCGCAGCCCCAGCCUCGGGCCCCGCAGCAGCCGCAGCAAGUCCAGCCGCAGCCCCAAGCAGGGAUGAUGCAGGAGGUAGAGUUUUCUAGUUCUUACUAUGGCUCGAGCGAGCCCGCUCCUGGUGGGCCGUGCCUCGUGGCCAGUGACAGUGGUGGUGGUGUUAACCGUGACGAUGCGGCCGCUGGCAGUUACAGCACCUCAUACACAUCUUCAUUUGUGUUCACCUACCCAGAGGGAGCCUGCGGGGUCAGCGCCAACCAGCGGAACAGCAGUAGCGAGCAGUCAUCCGAUUCCCUGAACUCGCCUUCGCUGCUGGCGCUCUGACUGACCGACAGACACACACAUAACGCCAAGCACACACACCACUGGAGGUAGAGGCGGAGACACCCAACACAUCAUAUCUGUCUGACAGGAUGAGGAUUAGCCAAUCGUUCCAGCCUGAUUGGGUUAAAGUUUACACAUUGGAGAAUGGAUUCCAAUUAAGAGCCAUAAAAAUGAAAUGUUGCACAUCAGACCUAACCUUUAACACAGAGCUGAAACAAGAGAGCAAUCCUUUGUUUUUCAGCACAGCAGAGCACGAUUAAUGCGUAAAAAAACACAAAAUGACCAAUUUGAAGUGCUCUGAGUUACAACAUUGAUUCACAAUGAAUUCUUUUAUUCAAAUACUCUCAUUGAGUAAACGACACAUUAAUGCUACACCCCAACACACACCAGAGCCCCCAACUUGUUCCCUCUGUYGGUUGCCUCUUUGCUAGUGCUCCUGCUUUUCAUUCUUUUCCAUUAUUAUUUUUUUUCUCCUGUUUCCCCCGCCUCUCUUGUUGAAUGUAUUUAUGGACCGAGGACAAUCAGUUCAGGGUCUUUUCACGGGCGACAGACUGCUCGCUCACCUGUAGCACUUCAUCAUCUGCUCGCCUUUCCUCUGCUUCCUCAUUUUGCUGCUUGGACUUGACAAGUUUGGAGCGUCUUUGUGCUUUUCUCCUCUCAUCUCAGACAAAACAAAACAAAAAAAAAAUCUCUUCUGCCGUACCUGCCAUGCGACCCAUCUCUGUUUUCUCCUCUUCUGUCUCUAUAUUUCUCCCUCUCUUUGAAGUCUUCGACCACUGAGAGCCCAGAGACCCCCUCCAGCCCCUGGAACCUUGAGUGAAAAAGCCGGCACAACUAACCCAUUCCCCAUUUUUUGCACAUGCAAGGACACGGAACGCAACCCAUCCCAAAACAGAAGAAGAAAAUCUCUUUUCUUGGAGAUCAUUUGCUCAGAUAUUUGYUGCAUAAAGACGGACGCCAUCGUCUUCUGCUGAGCCAUUUUUUUUUGUUUGUUUUCAACGUAAACAUUCAUGCCGUGAAGAUUAGACACGUUUGGGUUUGAGGAAAGUGAGAAAAAAAACUGAGGUAAGGAGAGCAGGCGACAAGGACCCUGAUGGAGAGAGAAAGUCCUGGUCAUCGACCAAUAAAAAAAACAAAAGAGCUGAAUGGUUUACAUACAAAGCAAAAACAAUAAAAAAAAUCAAAAACUAAGAGAAAGACGAGAAAACGUUUGAGAAAAACACCAUGUUUCACACCUCUGAGCUGAAGAAACAGACGUCUGGUCGCAGCUCGGAGUUUAUCAGAUGUGAACCUUCAUUUAAAGGAGGGACUUUUUAUUAUUCAUUUUUAAUUAAAAGGAAAAAAAUGUGUUUCAGACAACCUCUACACAUUGGGCUCAGUGAGUGAGGUGCCGCCGGGCCCGUUUAUUUCUUUCUUUGUGGAGGUUGAUGUGGUGAUUGAGCACAAAAUGCAAAAGCAACACCUGGUUGGGGGGAUAAAAAGAAAG